AUGGGCCAAGACAAGAUGGAACCUGCGGGGAUGGAGAGCCUUUCGCGUCAACAGAGCGCAAAGCUUGGUGAGAUCCAAGAUCCAGCAGACCAGCCAGGCCAUGACCUCCACAAACGUCUCGAGACUCGUCACGUCACCAUGAUCGCACUGGGAGGCGCGCUUGGUACAGGACUCUUGAUUGGCACUGGCUCCGCUCUAGUCAAAACCGGCCCAGCAGGCAUCUUGAUCGACUACUCCAUCGUCGGCUGCAUCGUCUUCCUCGUCAUGGCGGCCCUCGGCGAGAUCAUAUCCUACAUGCCGCUAUCCCACGGUUUCGGUGGCUACGUGACUCGCUUCGUUGACCCGGCUCUGGGCUUCGCAACGGGAUACUCCUACUUCUUCAAAUACCUCCUGGCUACGCCGAACCAGCUCUCUGCGUUCGCCCUCAUCAUGAAGUUCUGGGUUGGCGACCGUGUAAGCCCAGCGGUCUUCAUCACCAUCGCACUGGUUUUGAUUCUUGUCAUCAACAGCGUCAGCGUCAAGGCUUUCGGCGAGUUCGAGUUCUGGUUGUCAUCACUGAAGGUGCUAAUCAUGGUCGGCGUCAUCCUGCUGUUAUUCAUCCUGGCUAUUGGCGGCGGGCCGACUGGUGACCGCCCGGGGUUUCGGUACUGGUCGGACCACGGAGCCUUUGCUGAAUACAAAGUCGACGGCGCCAAGGGCCGAUUGCUCGGGGUAUGGAGCGCAAUGGUAGCCGCUGUGUAUGCCUUCUCUGGUACGGAACUGGUUGGCGUGACGGUCGGUGAGGCGAAGAACCCGCGUCUAAGCAUGCCGAAGGCGGUUCGUUUGACCUUCCUCCGCAUCCUCUUCUUCUACAUCCUCUCCGUAUUUCUGCUUGGGAUGGUGAUCCCAUACGACAGUCAAGAGCUAGCUUUCGCUGCUGGGUCCAAGACCAGCGCCGCUGCUUCUCCGUUCGUUGUGGCUAUCAAGAUUGCCAAGAUCAGGGGCCUGGACCAUGUCAUCAACGCCUGCCUUGUUAUCUUCGUCUUUUCGGCAGCUAAUUCGGACAUUUACAUCUCCUCUCGAACUCUCUACGGCAUUGCCAUUGACGGAAAAGCGCCACGAGUCUUCACUCGCACGACGAAGGCCGGGGUGCCAUUCGUGUCACUGGCCCUUUGCGGAGCCUUUUGUGGACUGGCAUACAUGUCGGUUAGUUCAAGUGCAGCGACGGUGUUCAAUAACCUCACAAGCCUUGUGACCGUCUUUGGCCUCCUCACUUGGAUCUCCAUCCUUGUCUCCCACAUUUUCUUCUGUCGUGCCCGCGACAUCCAGCGCAUCGACCCAGCCUACAUUCCUUACCGAGCCCCCAUGGGACAGUGGGGUUCUUAUGUAGCACUUUGUUUCCUCGUUAUCCUUACUCUUACCAAAGGCGUGGAGGUAUUCGUAGGCAACUUCGACUACAAGGGAUUCAUCGUUCAGUACAUCGGAAUACCUGUCUACCUGAUCUGCAUUUUCGGCUAUAAAAUCGUCAAGAGGUCGCACAGAGUUCGGGCUGAGACCGCCGACCUGGUUACCGGUGUCCCCGAAGAAACGGUUGCGGAGGAAAUGGCGACUGUCGAAGCUGCGAGGAAUGAAAAGGAGACAGCGGCGGGGAAGAGAAGUGUGCUUGCCAAGGUCUAUCGCAAGGGUUUCUCGUGGCUCUUUUGA